AUGACUUCCGUUUCACUGAACAGUCAACAAAAAUCAAAUUUUAAUAAUACAACGAAUGAAGAUGAAAAUGAUGAUCCUUACUUUAGAGGAAGAACAUCCAAUGCAACUAGAGAAACAUCUAGAAGCCAUAGAUCACAUAGUCCACCAAUUGAGGACUUACCAUUAAUUGAUCAAGAAUUAACUGAUAGUGAAGAUGAAGAUGAAUUUAUAAGAAAAUAUGGUGAUAUACAAUUUCAAUAUAUUAAACCACCAAGAGACAAUGUUUGGUUUAUUAAACCUCAUGCAUUAAAUUAUUUUAAAGAUGGCAUUUUAUUUAGAACCAAAGGUGAAAGAGGAAGCACAAGAACUGAAUUGUUCUUGGAUUUAUUAUAUGUUGGAUUAAUAGCAAAUUUAGCAGGUGAAGCAAGUGAAGAAGCUACAGGUUUAUCAUUAUUAAAAUAUUUCUUAUUUUUUAUGCCAAUUUGGACAGUUUGGGCUGAUAUCAAAGAUUUUACAAAUUAUUAUUAUAAUGAAGAUUUAUCACAAAAGAUAUAUAUUUUCUGGAUACUCUGUUUAUUAACAUUGUAUAUAAACAGUCAUUAUGAUAUUACUGAAAGUUAUAGUAAAGCUGCUCUUGUCAUUGUUCCAUAUAUGUUAUGUCGUUUAUCAUUGGCAGCUUCAUUAUUUGUUUAUUCAUUUUGGAUACCUGAACAUAGACCUCAACAAAGAUUAUAUGCAGCUACGUUACUUGUCACAUCAUUAUGUUGGAUAUCCGUUAUAUUUGUAUCAGUUAGAGUCAAAAUAGCAUUAUCAAUUGUGUUUUUCUUUUUAGAACAAGUGUCAUUUGUAUUUUGUUAUCAUCCAUUCAUUAAAAGACUAAUGGGUUUAACAAUGUCUACUGCUUUAAAUAUUGAACAUGAAGUUGAAAGAUUUUCUGUAUUUGUUACUAUUGCAAUUGGUGAGUAUUUGUACAAGGUUGUUGCAACAGGACCAUUAGGUGUUGGGUUUAGCGGAAGAUAUGCUAGAGGAGUAUUUCUUUUAGCUGAUGCUUAUAUUUUGUUUUGGUUAUAUCAAUAUAGAGGAACCUCACAAAGAGCUGUACAUCCGUUAAGAAAUAGUGGAACAACUGCAAUUACAUGGGUAUAUGCACAUUUACCAUUAAUUGCAGCAUUAGUCUUAUCAGCUGAUGCUGGUGGUGAAUUAUGUGCAAUUGAAAAAACAAGCACCAAAAAACAUCAUGAGGAAGAACACCACGAAAGAAGAAGUGAAGCUUCAUCAGAAGAAGAGUUAAACAUGUAUGGUUUAUCAUUUUAUUAUACAGGAGGUAUUGCAGUAUCCUUAAUAUGCAUGUUUGUGCUAGGAUUAAUUGAAAAAAGUACAGAUCCGCCAGGUUUAUUCAUUUUACCUAAAAAUGUACGUAUAAUGUGGAGAGUUCCCAUUGGUAUUACAAUUGUAAUGAUUAGUUUUGCUGAAAUGAAUACAACUUUAUUGAUGGGGAUUGUUACAUUAUUACUAGCGGUUUUGUUGGUAUUUGAGAGUGUUGUUGGUACACCUAAAAGUUGUUUAUUCAAACGUCAUACACAUGUUACUUCUGUCUAA